GUGAAUACGCUUUCCUGUUCUCUCCUGUUCUUCUCUAUACCGACUCCUUCAGACAAAAGAUCUGCAUAAAACUUGUAAUACGUUCAAAUAACCACACCCGUGCAACCAUACACACCUUUUCUUUUACCUGUCCCAUCCACACUUUCCGUUUUUCUCGAAAUGUACGCCGGUAUUGAUAUGGGGACGUCCGGCAUCAAGGUCGCCUUGAUGAGCACUGACGGCAGCAUCGUCGACAGCGCCUCCGCUCCGCUCACGGUGGAGAGCCCACACCCGCUGUGGAAUGAGCAGGACCCCGCCUCGUGGUGGAAGGCGAUCAACGAUUGCAUGGGGCAGCUGAAGCAGCGCCAAGACAUGAAGAAGGUGCGCUCCAUCGGCCUCUCAGGCCAGCAGCACGGCGCCACCCUGCUGGACAAGAACCACAAGGUGCUCCGCCCCUGCAUUCUCUGGUGCGACGGCCGCAGCUACCGCGAAUGCGCCGAGCUCGAGAAGGUCGUGCCGCGGUCGCGCGAGAUCACCGGCAACUUAAUGAUGCCCGGCUUCACGGCUGGCAAGCUGCUUUGGGUGAAGAAGCACGAGCCGGAGAUUUUUGCGAAGGUGGACAAGGUGCUGUUGCCGAAGGACUACGCGCGUUUCCUGAUGACCGGCGACUUCGCCUCCGACAUGUCGGACGCCUCGGGUACGAUGUGGCUCGACACCGCCAAACGUGACUGGAACGACGAGAUCCUCGCGGCGACGGGCCUCUCUCGCAAGAACAUGCCGAAGCUGUACGAAGGCUCGCAGAUCACGGGCAAGCUCACCGAGAGAGUGGCGCGGAGCUGGGGUAUGGAGCGAGUGCCGGUGGUCGGCGGUGGUGGCGACAACGCGGCCGGUGCCGUCGGCGCGGGUCUCUUCAAGCCCGGUCAGGCGAUGCUUUCUCUCGGCACGUCGGGCGUGUACUUUAUUGUGUCGGACGGCUUCAAGUUCAACACCGACGAGGCGGUCCACAGCUUCUGCCACGCCCUGCCCGACCGCUGGCACCUGAUGUCCGUCAUUCUCAGCUGCGCCGUUUGCCUGGACUGGGCAGCCAAGCUGACUGGCUGCAAGUCGGUAGGCGAGUUCGUGAGGGAGGCGGAGAGGGCGCAUAAGUUCGAUGAGCGACCGGUGUUCUUCCUGCCCUACCUCGCCGGGGAGCGCACACCGCACAACAACCCCGCGGCGAAGGGCGUCUUCUUCGGCCUCACCUCGCACCACGGCCGCCCAGAGCUGGCGCGUGCGGUGCUGGAGGGGGUGAGCUUCGCCAUGGCGCAGGGCAUGGACGCCGUGCAUCGCUGCAACGUGAAGCCGUCGAAUAUCGCCCUCAUCGGCGGUGGCUCGCGCAGCCCCUUCUGGCGUCAGAUGCUGGCGGACGUCAGCGGCUACCCGAUGGACUACUGCGCCGGCUCUGAGGUUGGCCCCGCCCUCGGCGCCUGCCGCCUGGCGCAGAUCGCGAUUGAGCAGCGCCCAUUGGAGGAGAUGCUGCCGCAUCUGCCGCUGAAGCAGACACACACGCCCGAUAUGAAGAAGCACGAGCAGUACAAGAAGCGCCGCGUGAUCUUCGCCGAACUCUACAAGCAACUCCACCCUCUGAUGGACGCGAAGCUCUAA